UCAAGUCCCAUGGCAGCUUCAGACUUCCCCAACACUACUACAUUUAUGCCACCGAGCGUACUGUACAAUAGCAUCUGGCAGCGGUUUGGGCCUGUCCUUCAGAGAUAUUCGCUUAUUCUGCUCCCAGUCGCUCUUGUCAAUGCCCACUAACAAGUCAUAGACAAUCUGGAAUUCUGCACGAUCCCAUUAACGUUCGACUUACAGAUGAAUCCGUUUCGAUACCGCAAAACCAUCGUUCCGGAACCUAUGUUUCUGGUACAUGCCGUGAUGGCUUUAGCGGGUCAUCAUGUCAAGAGCCCAUCAACCGACGACCAUCGCUAUACAGCAUUGAAACUCCUCCGCGAGAGCCUCAACGCAUCCGUUAAUGUGGAAGAUGGCUCCUCCGUGCUUGAUGCGAUUAUGAUCUUAUUUUCCUUCGACGAAACUCAAUCCACCCUUGGAUACUGGAGUACGCAUCUUAAGGGAGCCUACGGCCUCAUCGAAGCGUGCGGGGGCAUCGAAGCAUGGACCACGUCCGCUCGAGCAGACGCUCAAAUAGGAUUGCUGUUGUGGUGGGAUGCCAUCACCAGUCUCUUAUCCCGGGAAGACUGCGUGUUCCCGUACGCAUACGUCGAAGCCAUCUUAUCGAACCCCGAUGAUCGGAAGUGGAAUUUCUUUGACCUCUGCGGGUGCCCACACAGCGUGGUCACGCUGCUCAUGCAAGUUGUGCGUCUGAGUGCCGAAAAGCGCCAAUCGUCAUCCAUGCGGUACGUGACCUUCGACACCACGAUGAUUGCCCAGAUCGAGCAAGCGCUCGAGUCCUGGCAUCACAUCUCCCCUGCCGCGCUUGCCUUCGGUAGUAGCGAAGAGGACAUCCAAAAAGACCAAGAUUGUAUGCACUGCUCGGAGGCGUGGAGACACGGCCUGCUUCUCUAUAUUUACCGCGUUUUCCGAUGGAAGCCGGGAAGUCCAAUUCCAACGCAUGUUGUCCGUUGGGUUCGGGUUGUUGUGGACCAUGUGGUAGCGUGUCGUGACGAGAGCAUGGUCGCCCGACAAGCAUUGCUGCCGCUCUUCUUCGCGGGCUGCGAACUACGCGAUCGAUCGAUACGGAACAAGAUCGUGCAGUUCUGCUCGGUGUGGAAUGACCGGACGCGGUAUCAGAUGUUUGGGAGCACCAUUCCAUUGCUUGAAGAAGUAUGGGCGGAGCAGGAGGCGAAGGGAUUUGAGAACGUGUGGUGGGGUCACAUCGUGGAUCGAAAACACACCGUGUCUUGUUAUCCGUUGCAAAUGCGGCUAUGCUUUGGAUGAUUUAAAGCAAAAGUCAAUAUGCAUUGGCGGUCAGCUUUUUAAUAAAGGUGGAUUUGGGCUGGGCUGC